AUGUAUGUAUCUAUCUAUCUAUCUAUCUAUCUAUCUAUCUAUCUGAGUCAGAUUUUAUCUAAAUUUGUCUUUUCAUACCUAUCUAUCUAUAUUGAUCUGUUCAUAUGUUGUUUCUAUCUAUCUAUCUAUCUAUCUAUCUAUCUAUCUAUCUAUCUAUCUAUCUAUCUAUCUUAUCUUAGUCUGUUCACAACUAUCUAUCUAUCUAUGUUUAUAUCCAUCUAUCUAAUUCACUCUUUUCAUAUUUUUUCUCUUUCUUUGUUCUCCGUCCUUCUACUAAUUAUUUUCUUUUCCUUUUUGUAUUUCCUUUCUAUCACUCACUCUCUCCACUCUCUAUCUCUUUGUUCUUUUCUAGUCCUGGAUGGUGAUCUUUCGAUAAGGCUCGCUUUUUUUUUCGACUAUCGCUUUUACUCGACUCUCUUUUCUUUUCUUUUCUUUCUUCCUUUCCUUCUUUCUUUCUUUCCUUCUUUCUUUCUUUCUUUUCUAUUCUUUUCUUUGAUUUCUUUCUUUCUUUCUUUUGGUUGCCUUGAGGAGGCUCAAUUUAAAACAGUUUAUUGUCCUUUGCUAUUUUCAAAAAUUUACACCAAGUUCUUUCUUUCUUUCUUUCUUUCUUCAGGUAGUCACCUACAGGAUGUUCCUCCUCCUUUUCCCUCUUCUUCUUCUUCUUCUUCUGAAUCUUCCUCCUCCUCCUCCCCUGUCUUAUGUCGACAGUUAUCGGUUUUAAUUCUUCCUGUUCUAUUUUUAUCAUCACCGUUGAUAGCUGUCCACUCCUUCAUCUAA